UGGUUGCAGUAUCAGCAGCGUGCGGUAGUGUGCAGCAUUAUUUUUCUAAUCCUGUCCGAAUAGUAAAAGACGAAUUUUAUUUUACACGCUUUUUAUGUACCUUUUUUUCACACUAUCGCACAAGAACAAUUGUUAAAAGUACCAUUGAAUAAUGUCAGCAUCACCAAUCGCGAGGGCGACUACACAAAGUCAAAAGAUACCAUCGAAAAGGAUUGUCGUUCAUGAUCCCAAUCAAAUGCCAAUUGACUAUUCCUCCACCCCUGGAGGAACAAUUUAUUCAACUACACCUGGAGGUACUCGGAUUGUUUACGAACGGGCUUUUCUGAUGAAUCUCAGGAAUUCGCCGAUUUCGAUGAGUUUACCCACAAGUGCCCUAUUAAUUCCGGCUGAUUUAUUGAAAAUUACACCCGCUAUUACAUCUACAGCAUUAAAUGUCGGCAGUAAGCCAACUAACGACAUUCCAUCGAUUGAUGAGACUUCCGAGCAAUUUGAAAUGGAUAUGUGACUAACUGUCAUCGGAUGUCAACUGUGAUUAUGUAUUGUAUUCAUAAUUACAUAGGAUAGGAUUUAAGAAAUUACGAAUAUUUUUCAAAAUAUUUUCCUUCAAUUAAACCACUGCUGUUGUUGUUGUUCUAUUUUUUAUUCUGUACGUUUCCUGCGAAAGAAGCCUAUGAAUGAAUUAUAACAAUGGGUGUUAGAUAAAUGGCAAAUCUAAGUUAAUUGCAAAUGAAUAUUCUACCGUUCA